GUUCUCACGAGUCAUAAGCAUAGCUCAUCGCCAUCGACGUUCCCAAAGGCUCCCUCUUUGUUCAUGACCUUUGGAGUUAAUUCCAUUGCACGAGCUGAAUAAACCCUCAAUCGUCAUCCUAUUGCCACCAUUGACGCAAUCAGCAGCUCGAACUUCAAGCUUCAUUUCAUGGUGCAUCUCUCCUCUUUUCUAUGAACUGCUAAUGAAACAAUGAAGCUCGCUGCGGUCUCUUUCUCUCGGGCUGGAGCGUCUCAAAGGCUUCUUCAUGGAGGUUCCUCUUUCAAUCGAUUUCCGCGCGUUGCUUCAUUUGCAGCUCGCCAAGUUGACGCAUUCAGCUCAACUUCUCUUUUGGUCUGUGGGUUGUGCAGAACGCUCCAUCAUAGUAAUUCUUCAGUCGAAACUGCCAUCAUGUCAACAAUGAACAACACCUCCAUUUCUAGAAUUUGCUGUAGACAUUCUAGAAUGAAUGCAAGACUGUUAAGACGGAAGCAUGGAAGUGGUUCAAGAACCUUUUCAACAUGUGCCUCGCCGUCUAGCUCCAUAACCAACCCUCUAGUCAUCCGUUUACCCUCAGCUUUGAUUCUGGCUUCCCAGGUCACCCCAUCGGAUGCCCCUCAGCGUUCGGAAGAAUGGUUUGCACUACGGAGAGACAGGCUGACAACAAGCACAUUCAGCACAGCUUUAGGCUUCUGGAAAGGAAAUCGUCGGUUUGAGCUAUGGCACGAGAAAGUAUUCCCUCCAGAGAUUCAAAAACCAGAAGCACCACAGCAAAAUGCCAUGGAAUGGGGUGUGCUCAAUGAAGCAAAUGCCAUCGAUCGGUAUAAAAGCAUCACGGGCCGAGAUGUAAGCCUGUUGGGAUUCGCAACUCACUCGGAACAGCAAUUUGAUUGGCUCGGGGCCUCCCCAGACGGCCUACUGGGAUGCUUUCAAGGUGGUGGGAUCCUGGAAGUAAAAUGUCCAUACAACAAGGGAAAGCCUGAGAAGGGACUGCCCUGGUCAACCAUGCCUUUCUAUUACAUGCCACAGGUACAGGGUCAAAUGGAGAUAAUGGACAGAGAAUGGGCGGAUUUAUACUGCUGGACACCAAAUGGAAGCACAAUAUUUCGGGUAUGUAGGGAGCGUGGUUAUUGGGAUUUGAUACGUGAAAUGUUGAGGGAAUUUUGGUGGGAAAAUGUUGUUCCUGCAAGGGAGGCUUUGUUGUUGGGAAGAGAGGAACAGGUGAAAUCAUAUAAGCCGACGUCCACUCACAAGCAGACUGGACUAGCAAUUGCUAAGAGCAUUAAAUUGGCAAGCGAGGCCAAAUUGUUGUGUAGGGAGAUUGCUGGGCAUAUUGAAUUUUACCGAUGAUUAUUGGUUUCGAUGUAUUUGGCUGUUUUUGUCUCGGAAUUACAUUUCCCCACAUAUUUGUUCCAUAAUUUCCAGAUUGAUACUAUUUGAUUGACUAUACAAUAUACAUUUCAUUUUGAAACUAAAAGAAAAGCCAGAGUAAAAAAUCUA